AUGACUGAAUCGUUGGAUGUUGUUGACAUCACGGCGUUGAAUGCCCUUGCUGCAGGUACCAACAAAAAGAACCCAAGAAUUGUGGCGGCCGGUCUUGGAGGAGCUCUUAUGGGAACCAAGUCCUUGGUUGACGUUACUGCUGAUCAAAUUACUGAAGAUUCAGCAAAUAGUCUUCUUGAAAAGGACAGACGUGAAGCUGAAAAAUACACCAAAAUUAAACAUAUUUCUGAAAAACCAUGGACAUUAUCCAAUUGGCAUGAACAUUUAAAUUGGCUUAAUAUGAUUUUAGUGGUUGGUAUCCCAAUGUAUGGUAUUUAUGCCGCAUUACAAUACCCUCCGCAACUCAAGACUGCCAUCUUGGGAUUUGUCUUGUAUGUAUUUUCUGGUAUUUCCAUCACUGCUGGUUAUCAUAGACUUUAUGCUCAUAAAUCUUAUGAUGCAGCUCUCCCAGUAAGAAUUUUCUUUGCACUUUUCGGUGCUGGUGCCGUUGAAGGAUCCAUUAAAUGGUGGGGUCACUCUCAUAGAGUCCAUCAUCGUUAUACUGAUACUCCAAGAGAUCCAUAUGAUGCUAGAAGAGGAUUAUGGUUUUCUCAUAUGGGAUGGAUGUUAACCAAGGCUAAUCCAAAGAAUAGAGCAAGAGCUGACAUUUCCGAUUUAACUAGUGAUUGGGUUGUUAGAUUCCAACAUACCCAUUAUUUACUUUUGAUGGUUAUUAUGGCUCUUGUUGUGCCAACAUUGAUUGCUGGUUUAGGAUGGGGUGAUUAUUGGGGUGGAUUCAUUUAUGGAGGUAUUUUGAAGACUUUUGUCAUUCAACAAGCCACCUUUUGUGUCAAUUCAUUGGCUCAUUGGAUUGGUAUUCAACCAUUUGAUGAUAGAAGAACUCCAAGAGAUCAUGUUGUCACUGCUUUGGUUACAUUUGGUGAAGGAUAUCAUAACUUCCAUCAUGAAUUCCCACUGGACUACCGUAAUGCCUUGAAAUGGUACCAAUACGACCCUACCAAGGUUGUUAUUUGGAUGUUAUCUAAAGUUGGUUUGGCAUGGAAUUUGAAGACAUUUUCUCAAAAUGCCAUUGAUCAAGGUUUAGUUCAACAACAACAAAAGAAAAUUGAAGCUAUGAAGGCUAAAUUAAACUGGGGUGCUAACUUGGACCAAUUACCAGUUUGGGACAGGGAAGAAUUCAAUGCUAGAGCCAAGAAGGAAGGUUUGAUUAUCAUUUCUGGUAUUAUUCACAAUGUUAAGGAUUUCAUUAAGGAACAUCCAGGUGGACAAGCUUUGGUUAGAGCUUCUUUAGGUAAAGAUGCUACUAAGGCCUUCAAUGGUAUGGUUUACGCACAUUCGAAUGCAGCACAUAACAUGUUGGGAACGAUGAGAGUUGCAGUUUUAAAAGAUGGACAAGCCAGUUCAGAUACAUUUGCAGUUCAACAAGAAUUCUUAGAUAAGGAAAAAAUUCUUUAA